AUGACAGCACGCUGGUGGUGUGGCCUUUGUGGAAAUCCAUACUCCGUCAAUGGCAAGGGGUUUCCGAAAGAACCGAUCUUAAACGUCGGUCCUCGAGGAGGCCGUCAGGUGGUUGCUAAGAGGAUGUGCCCACUUAUCUUUUCUAGAAGAGCAGGUCUGUGCUUUGAAGAGCUCCGCUGCACCCCGGGGCAGUUUGCCUGUCGGACUGGUACCAUCCAGUGCAUCCCUUCAAACUGGCAGUGUGAUGGAUGGCCCACCUGCGAGGACGAGAGUGAUGAAGUUGACUGUCCAGGCUUGACAGGGGACCAGCGAACUUACCAUGGGAAGGAGAAUGUGGAUUCCAGGCACAAUCGAGGGAGAGGAGGAGAGACAACCCGCUUUCACACUGUCAAUGUGGCACAGCCUGUCCGAUUUAGCAGAAAGUGCCCAACAGGGUGGCACCACUAUGAGGGCACAGCCAGCUGUUAUAGAGUGUAUUUAAAUGGGGAGAACUACUGGGACGCCGUGCAGACAUGUCAGCGGGUGAAUGGAUCCCUCGCCACCUUCACUGCAGACCAGGAGCUAAGGUUUAUCCUGGCACAGGAGUGGGACUUGGAAGAAAAAACAUUUGUAAGGAAGGACCAGCGUAGGUUCUGGGUUGGAUAUCAGUAUGUGAUCACCAAUCGAAAUCACUCUCUAGAAGGUCACUGGGAAGUAGCUUAUAAAGGCUCUUCAGAGGUAUUUUUACCCCCUGACCCUAUCUUUGGUACGGCUAUGUCUGAAAAUGAAAACGUUCUUUGUGCCCAGCUUCAGUGUUUCCAUUUUCCUACCCUUCGGCACCAUGGUUUACACAGCUGGUAUGCUGAAAACUGCUAUGAGAAAUCUUCAUUCCUCUGCAAAAGGAGCCAAACUUGCGUUGAUAUCAAAGACAACAUUGUCGAUGAAGGCUACUAUUUCACUCCAAAAGGGAAUGAUCCAUGCUUGAGCUGCACAUGUCACAACGGUGAACCUGAAAUGUGCGUGGCUGCUUUGUGUGAACGGCCCCAGGGGUGUCAGCAGUAUCGCAAAGACCCAAAGGAGUGCUGCAAAUUUACAUGUUUAGACCCAGAUGGCAACAGUUUGUUUGACUCGAUGGCUGGUGGAAUGCGUCUGAUCGUGAGCUGCAUUUCCUCCUUCCUCAUCCUCUCUCUGCUGCUUUUCAUGGUCCACCGGCUACGCCAGAGGCGAAGAGAGCGCAUAGAGUCUUUGAUUGGAGCAAAUUUGCACCAUUUUAACUUGGGCCGCAGGAUGCCUGGUUUUGAUUAUGGUCCUGAUGGUUUUGGAACUGGCCUUACUCCACUGCAUCUUUCAGAUGAUGGGGAAGGUGGAGCAUUUCAUUUCCAUGAUCCGCCUCCACCAUAUACUGCUUACAAGUAUCCAGAUAUUCAACAUCCAGAUGAUCCGCCACCUCCUUAUGAGGCUUCUGUCAAUCCAGACAGCAUCCUUUGUUCCACUGCAGAUGGAGUUCUUUCUCAGACUGUGCAAAGCGGUCCUCCAUCCCUGGGAAACUGUGAUGUAUCCCCACAGCUUACAGAGGGAUCACUUGCUCCCUCAGUUGGUCCUUCUCCAGUGGAGCUGGAAGACUCUGCUGACAGCAGCACCUUUCUUGUCCCUCCGGACACACCGCUAAAUGAAAACACACCGGCAGAAACUCUCACGGGCAGCCGUCACAGCCACUGUUCUCUGAAUACCAUUGUAUAAAGGAGUAAAAAGUCGACUGCCAGUCAGGAAGAGUUUUAGCAGCUGUUUGCACAGACAAACACUAAUCCAUGGUUUGAACUUCAGAAGGAUUCUCCACUUUGUUUUUUUGAACACUACUUUUAUGUUCUAGAUUAGGAUUGUGCCUCUCGUUUUUUGGCUGUCGUUAUUCAUUCACUAAUUGGUUUGUCCUGUAAAUAUGGAUUGUAUAACUGCUCUUGAUUUCCAUUGGCUAUGGAAAAGACUGCAGAGAAUUCCUUUGACUUCUAAGGAGGUGAAAAGUUAUGGGUAGGGUGUUUUGGGUUUUUUUCUUAAUCUGAGAGGAAACAAAAUCUACAUGAGAAAAAAGCUGCUUUGAUUUGGCUGGAUACCACUGGACCCAGGGACCAGACGAUGGAAAAGGAGGGUGGGG